AAACCGCGAAGUAAAGAAGGUAGAAGAAUCAAAAGUAGUCGUGAGAAAUUUUCACUUGAGUAUGGUUGGGACUAAGAUAGAGGUGUUCAUUCCUUGAAAAAGUUUCUUCCUUUGUGUAUGUGAGGAGUGAAGUGUGUGUGUAUAUAUAUAUAUAUAUACAUAUAUAUAUAUAUAGAGAGAGAAACAAUUAUUUUAAUUAAAAAUAGGAUCAAAUAGAGUGACCAGAUUGCCAACGUAUGCAUAGGUGGGAAUUCUAAUAGAUGAACUAUUUAACCGAUCGGAGAGAAGGGAGAUUAUUUUUCUUCGGUUUUCGCAGGCAAGAUUGAUCGUGUUUGAACUUCCAAUAUGCCAUACUAUAACAGCAGCCAUAGUCCAGCAGUUUAUAACAAAGAUGGUGGCUCGAGCGGACCAUCGAGUACUUCCGGUGGCCGUGGUAGUAGUACCGAACCACCUACAUAUAUGAUGGAACAUUUAGCGACAUUUACAGUGACGAAAGAGAUAGGUAUUGUUUAUCCAGCUGAUGGUAUGCGUCGUCUUUUGCAAUUAGAAAAAAGCAAUGGUAUAUGGAGUCAAAAGAUGCAACUUCGUUUAGAAAGAAACUGGGUUCUUAUCAUGGACAAUGAAACUGGGGCCGUGAUGGAACGAUUUCCAGCGUCUUUGAUUCAAGAACCAACUGCAUUUACAUCAAGAGACCCAAUGGAGAUGUACAACAACAUUUUGGUAUUUUCGGUCGCUGACGACAGUGGUUCUCAAAGAGCAGAAAUGCAUAUCUUUCAAUGUCAAAGCGUAUCCGCUCAAGACUUGGUAGAGGAUUUGAAAAUGCUUCAAAUGGGGAAACUCGUGCCAGGUGGUUCGCUUAGAGGUCCAAGAGGUCAAAUUCCACCACCACCUGCGUUACCACCACCUGAACCUCCAUUGAAUGGUGUGAAUGUACGCGAACAGGUGUCUGCUUUUAAUGCGACUAAUGCCGAUGGCCAGAACGAUAUAUCUCGCGAAGAAAACAACGACGAAGUUUCUUCAACGUCGUCAAAAAAAUACGAACGUGACGUGACGAUAUUAUAUCAUUGCUUCGACGACAUUGAAAAAUUUAUUGCACGUUUGCAAUAUGCUGCAGCUGCAUCGAGAGAAUUGGAACGUCGACGGCGUAACAGAAAGUCGAAAAAGAGAAACCUGGGUGAUGGCAUGUUAACGAUGAGAGCAAAGCCACCACCAGAGAUGGAGUUCAUCGAUAUCUUUCAAAAAUUCAAACUUUCUUUCAACCUUUUGGCCAAAUUGAAAGCGCACAUUCACAAUCCCAAUGCACCGGAACUGGUACAUUUUCUUUUCACGCCACUUGCUCUGAUCGUUGAUGCAUCUCACGAUACGAAUUAUGAACCGAAUUUACCAAGCAAGGUUGUAUCACCUUUAUUGACCAAAGAAGCAGUCAAUCUGUUAAUCAAUUGUGUUACCAGCAAGGAAACUGAACUCUGGCAUUCUUUUGGCGAUAUGUGGCUCAUUCCUCGUGACCAAUGGAAAGGACACGUACCACCUUAUCAUCCGAUCUUCAUGGAUGGUUGGUCACCGGAAUAUCCCAUACCAGAAGACCGAGAUCAUGAUCAUCUCGCUUCCCUUUUGAAUGCUGACAAGCAAAAGAGGGAUGAACUUCCUGAACAACAAAACGAUCCUUAUUACAAUCAUCGAGACGUCGACGAGUCACAUUACAGUAGCGAUUAUCUCGAAUACGAUAUCAGAGAGGAUAGAGCUAGUACCGAAAACUUUGAUAGAAAUUAUGCAACGACCUCGGAACUUUAUGCAAGAGAAAAAAGAGUCGAACAAACCAGAGCUCACAGUGAUAUAUCAGUAGAUUCCAUUGAAAGAGCACCUAGAGAUGCCGCCAUUGAAAGAGCUCAAGAAGUUUGGUUGGAUGAGCUCGUAAAUAGAAAUGCUAAGAUCGUUCACGUUACUUAUCCUAGAACGGCCAACAAUGAUAAAGAAUUGACGGUUGUCAGAGGUGAAUAUCUGGAAAUAUUCGAUGACAGUAGAAAGUGGUGGAAAGCGAGAAAUUCUAGGGGUCAAGUUGCUCAUGUGCCACAUACUAUUGUUACGCCUCACAAUCCAUCUCAGCCUGCUGAAAACGAUGUAUUUAAUAAUCCAUUAUAUACAAGUCGAUAUCCUAGACAAGGACAUGGCUAUAGUUACGAAGAUUCUGAAAUUGAAAGGACUAGUACUAGUCCGGGGCCAGAAGCAGCUCAUCGAACUCAUGCGAUUCCACCACCAGCAUCCGCGGAUUGGGUGAGAAAAGAACGUCUUGGGAAAAAAGAGAAUUUGACUACAUCUAAUGAAGUUUCAAGUACAAACAACAACAUAUCCAGUAACACAUUGGGAAAAACUUCAACAAUGGAAAAAAAGAAUGGCCCGAUAGUUAUAGUCCAACCAUUACAAAUGACAACUUUAAAAAAUAAAUUGAAAAACAAAUCCAAUGCACUAAAGCCACCAACACCAAUACCAUCAGCAUCACCAGCUCCACCAGCAUUGCAAGCACCAUCAGCAUCACCAUCAUUACCAGUAUCAUCUGCAUUAUCACCACCACCACCACCUCCACCACCUCCUCCAGUUCUACAAACUCAAAAAUCAACAACAUCGACGGGUUCCAACAAAUCAGAAUUGUAUAAAAAUAAUAAAUCUUUGGCUGGUACGUGUAAUCAAGAUCAAGUUCAGGAGGAACUUAAACAUGUGUUAAACAUGUUUAGACAAAAAAAACGUAGCCCAAAUAUUCUUGAAAUGCAAGCAACCGUUUUACAUCAAUAUUCUACUCCUCGUGAAGUUCAAUCUUGGUUAAGUGCAAAAGGAUUUUCAGAUAAAGUUUGUAAACAAUUGAAAGAUAUGACUGGUGCUGAAAUAUUUAAUCUAACAAAACGACAAUUGGAACAAUAUUUUGGCCCUAAUGAAGGUGAAAGGCUGGAAAAACAGCUCAUCUUAUCACGAAACGAAUGUGGGUACGAGACGACAAGGGUAUCAGAAUUAAAACAGAUUUUAGAGAAGGUUCGGCAAAAGGCAGAAUAAACCAAACAUAAAAGGCACAAUUAUAAUAGGUAUAUAUAUAUAUACACAUAUAUAUAUAUACCUAUAUAUAUAUAUAUAUAUAUAUAUAUAUAUAUAUAUAUAUAUAUAUAUAUAUGUAUAUGUAUAUAUAUACAGGCGAUAAUUGAACGCUUGAAAAUAGUCGUUAUUUUUAAUAAAAUUAUAAAGUGCAAUAAGCUGUCAAGAUUACUUAUAUACCUGCAUAUAUAAUGCGUAAAUUGAAAGUAAUGUGCUCUAAUACUUCAUAAUUUCAUUAAAGAAAAAUACUUAAAAUAAAAAAUUUUCAUUGAUAUACUUAUUUACUCUUACAUAUAUAGACUGAACAAAAAUCAGCUAGCACACAUUCUUUACUCAAAAUCAAUAUUCAAUUUUUUAAUUUUAGAUAUAUGUAUAUAUUUAUGACAGACUAAUUGUAACUUAAAGAAUUAACGAUAUUAAAGUCUCAUAAUUUUAAAUAAAUACAUUAGCAGUAUUAGCGAAAGAAAUUAAUUUCUACAAAAGAAUAAUGAUAUAAUAUUAAAACAUUUGCCAUAUAUAUAAGAAGACAAGUUUUAAAUCGACUAUCAUAUUCGUGAACAUUUUGUUUAAAAUUAAAUGCCUUUGUUAUUAAUAUCGCGUUAUGUUUAUUUUGAAGCUAUCAUUAUACAUUAAUUAAUAACAGACAUAAAUAGUUAUCCGUCUGUGUAUAUAUAUCAUUUCUUAUAUAUAAUCUUAGAAUUAUAUAUUCGAUAUAUUACACAUAAUUUUUCUGAAUACUCCUCCAAUCGGAAUCACAUCAUGACGUGAACACAUCGAUAAGUAUAAUAAUAAUAAUAUUAUUGUAUAGAAUUUUCAAUUCUUAGCAAAGCUCCUUUCACAAACACAUCACCCAGUUAUUAUUAUUAUUAGCUAUGUUUAUUAUAUAUUGCUUCUAUGCGAAGCAUGUUUAGUGGCGUUUAAUAAUAAUAAUAAUAAUAA